AUGGCUGCCUCUCCUUUGAAUGUCCAACCUUCUUACCAUGCUCGCUCAAACAGCUUGCCUUCAAGGCAACACCCCAUCACUUCACAAAUUGAUGAAAAUUUGAACCGACUGAGGGCAUCUCAAUCGGCCUCUACAUCUUCGUCAUCCAUAGGACAUGACCUGACCUGUCUUCAAGAUUUGUACGGCUAUGUAGAUAUGUUGCUUCAGUUGCCCCUCACUCAACAAGCUCUAGCUCAAGAGCAGCAAAGGAAAUCGGUUGAACAACUUUUGGAUGCAUCUCUCGUGCUCCUAGAUGUAUGCGGAACCGCUAAAGAUGCCUUGGUGCGAACCAAGGAAUGCACUCAAGAACUCCAAUCGGUUUUGCGCCGAAGACGAGGAGGAGUUGAAGGGCUUGGUGAUGAGGUUAGAAAAUACUUAACCUCCAAGAAGGAAGUGAGAAAGGCAAUAAGCAAGGCCUCCAAGAACUUGAAGCAUAUGGACAAUAAACUUAUGAGCAAAGACGGUGAGACGGGAGCUGUGAUUAGCACCUUAAAACAAGUAGUAGCAGCCACCAUGAGCGUGUUACAAUCCUUGUUGUCCUUUAUUUCAGGGCCAGAGGCAUCGAGCCGGUGGUCACUAGUUUCAAAGUUAAUGCACCAGAAAAGAGUAAGGUGCGAGGAAGAAGAAGAGAAAACAAAUGAAAUCGCGAAUGCUGAAGCUGCAUUGCGUUCCUUCAUUAAAUCUGGAAACGUGAAGCAUGUUGAGAAUGUGGAAAAUGAGCUCCAAAACUCAGAGUUGUGCAUCCAAGACCUUGAAGAAGGUCUUGAAAGCUUCUUCAGGCGGUGGAUCAAAGCUAGAGUCACUGUUCUAAACAUUGUCAACUGUUGA